CGGUUUGUCUUAUAAUAAUAAUAAUGGAUUCACAUGGGAGGGAGAUCGGAGAUGAGGUGUGUUGAAGACAUUUAUGGGGAUGAUACAUCCACCAUUCAUUUCAAUGCAAGAUUUAUUUUAUUUAUUUAUUUAUUAGCGUAUGUGCUGGCUACCCUUAAAACAUCCUUCAAUCGAAUCAAUCCCCUCACUCUUCAUUCACUCACAGCAUGGCGGAUUCGAGCCCUCUUCUCCCGCAGUCGAGGUCGCCGGAGCCGGAAGAGGCUACAAUACCGUCGCUCAACGACAUCAUUGAACGUACCGUAGACAAGUUCUCACUUACCCAACUCCUGCAAGCCGCCCUCGUCUCCUUAUCUCUCCUCUUCGACGGCCAACAAGCCUUCAUCAGCGUCUUCACCGACGCUGUCGGCUCCACCACCAGCGCCUCUUUCAUUUCCACCUUCAUCUCCGACUGGGGCCUCCAAAAUGCCACCUCUUUCAUCACCGGCCUCCCCACCUCUUCCUUCUUUAUGGGCUGCCUGAUCGGCGGCUUCUCCCUCGCGCCGCUCGCCGACUCUUCACUCGGCCGCAAGAACCUCCUUCUCCUCUCCUGCGCCCUCAUGUGCCUCCCCGCCCUCCUCGUCGUCUUCGCUACCAACGUCUGGAUUUACUCGGCGCUCCGGUUCCUGAGCGGGUUCGGCCGCUCGCCCAUCGGCACCUGCGCGCUCGUCCUCUCGACUGAGAUCGUUGGUAAACGAUGGCGCGGCCAAGUGGGCAUCCUCGGAUUCUUCUGUUUCACUCUCGGCUUCCUCUCCUUACCCGCCAUAGCAUACGCCAACAGAUUGAACUCGUGGAAAUCUCUCUACUUCUGGACUUCUCUUCCGACGAUCCUGUACUGCCCGCUGCUGUAUUUUCUGGCGCUCGAGUCGCCUCGCUGGCUCUAUAUGCAAGGGCGAGCCGGAGAAGCAGUGGCCACUCUGACGCGCAUCGCGCCGGUAAACCAGACCGACAUAGAAAUGCUCUUAACCGGAGAGUUAAUAGAAGAAAUCUCGAAAGAGACGAUACCCAACUUCUACGCCUUGGUGAGGAGCUUGCUGGGGAAGAGAUGGGCUUUACGGCGGCUGGCGGUAGUUAUGGUGGCGGCGUUCGGAAUCGGAAUGGUUUACUACGGGAUGCCGUUGGGAGUGGAGGACUUGGGGUUUAGCACUUACCUGAGCACCGCCUUCAACGCGUUGUCAGAGAUUCCGGCGUUCUUGCUCACCUUCUUCUUCAUCGGGAAGUGGGAGAGGACGGGGUCGCUGGUGGGGUUCGCUGUCGUGAGCGGGGUCUGCAGCGUGGGAUGCGUGGCGGCGAGCGAGAGGUGGGAGUGGGUGCGGCUGGGGUCAGAGGUGGUGUCGUUUUCGGCUGCGUGCGGGGCGUAUGCGAUACUGCUGAUUUACACGCUGGAGCUGUUUCCGACAAGCGUGAGGAACUCGGCGACGUCGAUGGUGAGGCAAGCGCAGGUGUUCGGGGCGGCGUUCAGCCCGCUGCUGGUGGCGGCGGGGAGGGGACAUGAUUUUGUGUUCUACGGAGUGUUGGGGUUGGUGAUUAUAUUUUGUGGGUCGUUCGUGGUUUUCUUGCCAGAGACGAAGGGGACGACCUUGUGCGACUCCAUGGAUGAGCAGGAGUGCAAGGACAGUGGUGGUGUAAGUGUGCGGUGAGGAUAUAUCAUGAUGAUGAGUAGCUUUAGAGUUCAACCAAGCUAGUUCUUAAUAUUGGCCGAUAUAAUGAGAUGGGGGCAUUGAUUACGGCUAUAUUACCAAUUGAAAAAAAUGUGGCCGAUUUCAUUAUCUUGGAUUAUGCAAUCUGGUAUGUUGAAUUGGUAGAUUUUUUUUUUUUUUGUCUGAAGUUUUAUUGCAACAGAUAUUUCAUUAAUCUUAAAUUAUGAAAAUAAUAUCUUUUAUAUUAUGUUAUUACAA